AUGAUGCCACAAUCAUCAGCUGCAGUCCCGGCGCCCACAACCAACAACAAUGAUGCUGCCACGCCCACACAAGCCGAGACAACGUCUGCACCGCCGGCUGAAACUUCUACGACGUCCGAGGCCGAGCCAACAACCUCUUCAAAUCCCCCAACAUCGUCAACGUCUUCAACAACGUCAACGUCGUCAAGCUCAUCUACAUCCUCAAGCUCGUCGAGCUCUACUACCACCCAAUCUAAGCCAACAACCUCUAGUGACACCCCUACUACAUCCUCCACGUCGGAGAAGACUACCAGCACAACUGAGGCUCCCACCACUUCCCAUGUUGUCACCUCGGUAGUCACGGAGUCACCUACCGAUGGGACCACCGGACCACACACUCUAACUAUCACAUCCACCGCAACCUCUCUCCCAACUCUUUCCACCGGAGAUUCAGCAGGCAGCGCGUCAGCCACGGGCGGAUCGUCGGCUGCAGCAUCGGCUACCACGACUGCAAGUGCAGCCGGAGGCUCCGGGCUUUCGCCUAGUGGCACAAUUGCCGUUGCCGUCGUCGUACCUGUUGUUUCCGUUGCCCUGAUUAUCAUCGCCGCCUUGUACUUCUGGAGGAAAUGGAAGGGAAAUAAGGCGGCCGAAGAGGAACGACGGAAGGAGGUAGAGGAAUACGGCUUCAACCCGAACAACGACCCGACGCUUCCACCGGUAAUGGGUGGCAGUGCCUACGAACCCAAGGACGAUAAUACUUCCGGAUAUAGAGGCUGGGGAACGACUUCUGCGGGUCGCAAGGCGUCGACAAAUCUAUCCAGUAGUGCUGGAGUCGGGUUGGCUAUGUCGGAAGCUGGAAGCGCGCCUGGUUACCACCAUGCCGCCACCCCGAGUGACGGGACUAUUCAGUAUUCUGAAGGGCAGGCCGCUGGAGAGACCGAGCCAAUUGGGGUUUUAGGCGCAGCUCCGGUGGCGGCGGCCAACAACCGAAACACAGACAUCCAUCGCGGUCCUUCGAACGCCUCGUCAGCGUAUUCUGCAGCAAACCGGUCGGAGGCCUCGGAGGAGAGCCACAUGUCUGCAGCUCACCACAAUGGCGCGUUCUAUGAUGAUAAUCCCUAUUAUAAUGACAUGCAACCACAGUAUGGGGCCUAUAGCGAUGGUCCUUAUAGCGGCAACCAACCUGUGAUCCGAGACGUCCAGGCACGGCGCAAUACACGCAUUGAGAACCCGGCUGUUUUCCCUCGGCAAGGAAACGCUGGUAUCGCUCAGAACUUUUAA